GUAGAGCCGCAAUGGCGGUCGGCGGCGGCGGCGCUCGGAGGGACUCAGGCAGAGCGGCUGCGAAACCGGCCGCCCCGCUCCCUCUGUCAGACAUCGCAACCUCUGCCUCUCCAAAGCAAGCGCCAUCUUGGCUCGGCGAGAGGAGCGGCGCGGCGAGGCAGAAGCAAGAGCGAGUGGAGUACCUUCAGACGGCCCAGUUUCUCCUACACGAGAGGAACUUUCUAUGGCAGCAGAUUUACUUCAAAGUGAGAAUGGCAGUGGUGCAGAGCUGGCAAAGCCUCUCCAUCUCCAGUACCUGGAGCGUGCUCUUAGACUUGACCCUUUCCUGCGUCAGGCAGCAAAUGUCUUCAACAGGCCUAUUUCAAGUGACGAGAGCGAUGAUGGGCUUGAAGAUGCUUCCUCCUUGUCUAAAACAGGUUCUGGAAAUCUUCUGAACAGUGUUAAAAAGGAGCCUGUAGAUGAGGAACUGGGAGAGCAACCAGAAGUUGGACAUAGCAGAACUCUGACAGCUCCACCCUCUCUCAAUGGUGCCUUUCAUCCAGCAGAAUUCAAAGUUGAGAAGGGAAACGUAUACAAUUUCAGCAAAUUGAAGAAAAGCAGGAAAUGGCUGAAGAGUAUUCUCUUAAGCAAUGAGACUUCAGACUCCAACACAGAUGAUGAUGAUAUCGAAGGGGAGUUUGUGCUCACCAAGGAGGAGUUGCACGAUAUGUUGCGUCUGCAUAAGUACAGGAAGUUGCAUCAGAGCAAAGUGCACAGUGAUAGAGAGCUCCAGCAAUACCGAUACUACAGCACGGGUCUACUGUCCACACACGACCAUUUCUACGAACAACAGCGCCAUGUCCUGGGCCCCAGUAGGAAAAAGAAGAAAGAGGAGAAAAAAAUGAAGGCCAAAUUGAAGAAAGUGAAGAAGAGGAAGAAGCGUGAGGAGGAACACUCGUCUGGAGAAUCCCCACGAAGAACUGAGAUGAAAAUAUUUGCCAAGUUCUCCCAUGAUGCUCCUCCUCUCGGUUCAAAGAAAAAGCACUUGAACUUAGAGCAGUUGAAUGCACGGCGACGCAAGGUCUGGCUCAGUAUUGCCAAGAAGGAGGUUCCCAAGGUCUACAAACAAAAGUCCUCUGCUCGGAACAUGAUCCUCACCAACACCAAGAAGCUGGCUCACCAGUGUAUGCGAGAGGUGCGGAGGGCUGCUAUCCAGGCACAGAAAAACUGUAAAGAAACGCUGCCUCGAGCCCGGAGGCUAACCAAAGAAAUGCUUUUAUACUGGAAAAAAUAUGACAAAGUAGAGAAGGAACAUCGAAAGCGAGCAGAAAAGGAGGCUCUGGAACAGCGAAAACUUGAUGAAGAGAUGCGUGAGGCAAAGAGACAGCAGCGGAAAUUGAAUUUCCUAAUCACGCAAACAGAGCUGUAUGCACACUUCAUGAGUCGGAAGCGAGCUUCUGGGAAUGAUGCCUUGCAGGAGGAAAUAUUGAUGAAGCUGGAUGACAGUGUGAUCUUCAGACAGAUUGACAUUGGAGGAGGUGUGAUGGUUAAUGUCAGUCAAGAGGAUUAUGAUAGUGAAUACUAUAAAGCACAGGCACUGAAGAAUGCAGAGGAUGCCUUUCGAGUGCAGCAAGCCAAAACCAGAUUGUUCGAUGAGGAAGCAAAGGAGAGCCGCAUGGCUGCAUUGCGAGCAGCCAAUGAGUCGGGGACUGGUUUUGGAGAGAGUUACAGCUUGGCCAACCCUUCCAUUCGGGCUGGUGAAGACAUUCCUCAGCCUUCCAUGUUCAAUGGCAAGCUCAAAGCCUACCAGCUGAAAGGCAUGAAUUGGCUGGCUAACCUUUAUGAGCAGGGUAUCAAUGGAAUUCUGGCUGAUGAAAUGGGACUUGGGAAGACAGUACAGAGCAUUGCUUUCUUGGCACAUUUAGCUGAGAGAGAAAAUAUUUGGGGUCCAUUUCUAAUCAUCUCUCCUGCCUCCACACUAAACAACUGGCAUCAGGAAUUCUCCAGAUUUGUUUCACGAUUCAAGGUGUUGCCUUACUGGGGGAAUCCACAUGACAGAAAGGUGAUCAGGAAGUUCUGGAGCCAGAAAACAUUGUACACCCAAAAUGCACCAUUCCAUGUGGUGAUAACCAGUUACCAGCUGGUGGUUCAGGAUGUGAAAUACUUUCAGCGGGUGAAAUGGCAGUACAUGGUGCUAGAUGAGGCCCAGGCACUCAAAAGCAGCUCCAGUGUUCGUUGGAAGAUUUUGCUGCAGUUUCAGUGCCGGAACCGAUUGCUGCUGACAGGAACUCCUAUUCAGAACACUAUGGCAGAGUUGUGGGCGCUGUUGCACUUUAUCAUGCCGACUCUUUUUGAUUCCCAUGAUGAAUUCAAUGAGUGGUUUUCCAAAGAUAUUGAAAGCCAUGCUGAGAACAAGUCUGCCAUCGAUGAGAACCAGCUGUCACGCCUCCACAUGAUUCUCAAACCUUUCAUGCUGAGGAGGAUCAAAAAGGAUGUGGAGAAUGAGCUCUCAGAUAAGAUUGAGAUCUUGAUGUACUGCCAACUGAAAAGUAGGCAGAAGAUGCUGUACCAGGCUUUGAAGAACAAAAUCUCUAUCGAAGACCUGCUCCAAUCAUCCAUGGGAACCACACAGCAGGCCCAGAACACCACCAGCAGCCUCAUGAAUCUAGUAAUGCAGUUUCGUAAGGUCUGUAACCAUCCAGAACUGUUUGAACGCCAAGAAACUAAAUCACCUUUUCAUAUGUCACUGAAACCAUACAACAUUCCUAAACUUAUUUACAGAGAUGGGCAGAUCAAUCAUUUCAAUCAUUGUCGCAACAGGUGGUUACGAGUCAUUCUAUCUCCAUUCUCCCCAGCCUACAUUCAGCAGUCUCUUUUUCAUAGAAAAGGUAAUGAUGAAGGAAGCUGCUUUUCUUUUCUGAGAUUCAUAGAUGUGUCACCAUCUGAAAUGUCAAAUGUGAUGCUUCAAGGGAUGCUUGCAAGAUGGUUAGCUCUUUUCUUAUCACAGAAAGCUGCCUAUAGGCUUCACCAUGCACGCAGUUGGAGAGAGUGUGAGGUGAAGAGGCAACAUCUGAGCAACACAGACCUGAUCCUGUGGGUAGAUUCCUGCACAUCUUUCCCCAACAUCCACAGCAGUAAAGGUUUCCAGGAUCUUUGUUUUACUGGCUAUUGCAAAGCAGUAAUAAGCCACACCCAGCACCUUAUCCAUCGACGAAAAUUGGCUACCUCAUCCAUCCGCCACAGUCAGCCCACAGAAAUGCCAGCUUUUCUUUACAACAGCAUACCCAAGGUGACUGCUGUUCCACGGGACAUCUACUGUUGUGAUCGGAGUGCAGAGAACGAGCGUCGAUUGAUGAGGGAAGGUGGCCACCUCACUGUCAAGCAGUGCCUCUUGUAUGGAACCCCAGAGCUAGCUCUUCAUUGGAGAAAUCGGCUGUCUUUCUUCUUUCUUGAAAAUCCUGGGGGUUUGUUAGCUGUUCAGUCGAGACAUGGCUGGUCCUUCAUUAGGAUUCCUGACAAAGAAAGCCUGAUCACAGACAGUGGGAAGCUGCAUACUCUUGACAUCCUCCUAACACGGCUAAAAGCCCAGGGCCAUCGUGUGCUUAUUUACUCCCAGAUGACACGUAUGAUCGAUCUGCUAGAGGAGUACAUGGUCUUCAGACAACAUACUUACAUGAGACUGGAUGGCUCAUCAAAAAUAUCUGAGAGACGGGACAUGGUGGCAGACUUUCAAAGCAGAACAGAUAUCUUUGUGUUCCUUCUCAGCACCAGAGCUGGUGGCCUUGGCAUCAAUUUGACAGCUGCUGAUACAGUUAUAUUUUAUGACAAUGACUGGAACCCAACUGUGGAUCAGCAGGCUAUGGAUCGAGCUCAUAGGCUGGGACAGACAAAGCAAGUAACUGUGUAUCGACUCAUCUGCAAGGGAACAAUAGAGGAGCGAAUCCUGCAGCGUGCCAAGGAGAAGAGUGAGAUUCAGCGGAUGGUUAUUUCUGGGGGCAACUUCAAACCCGACACACUCAAACCAAAGGAGGUGGUCAGUUUGCUGUUGGAUGACGAGGAACUGGAGAAGAAAUUGCGCCUGCGACAGGAAGAGAAAAGAAUACAAGAAGAAUCAAACAAAGUGAAAGAUCGAAAAAGGAAACGAGAAAAAUAUGCAGAAAAGAAGAAGAAGGAGGAUGGAGAGAAUGCUGUGAAGAGAAGGAAAGAGGGAUGGACUAUGUUGACACCUUCAUUAGCAUCUGCAGAUAACUCCAACAUGUCCUCAGGAAACCUAUCAGCAGAUGGGGAAGAAUCUUUCAUCAGUGUGGACUCAGCCAUGCCCAGCCCUUACAGUGAGAUAUCUAUGAGCAGUGAACAGCACACUGGAUCGAUCGCACCCGAUGAAAGUAGCAGUGACCUUGUGAUUGUGGACGACCCAACGUCAGCUUCACAGUCCAGAGCAACCAAUUCCCCAGUCUCCAUUGCAGGCUCAACUUCAGACCACGUGAAUGGUGUUUCACAAGAUAAAUCUGUUACUAACGUAGGCCCAUCAGGGAGGGGUAGGGGCCGUCCAAAAGGAUCCGGAAGUACCUCAAAAGGUUCGGGAAAAAAUCGAGGACGCAAGUCUACUGCUGGCAGUGCUGCAGCAAUGGCAGGAGCCAGGGCCGGUGCAGCAGCAGCUUCAGCUGCUGCAUAUGCUGCAUAUGGGUACAGUGUGUCAAAAGGUAUGACAGGAAGUGGCCCUGGGCAGUCUCCCCUCUCUUGGCCAACCAGCACUGCCACCUUUGGAAUGAUGAGCACCUCCCCUUUGAGCUCCCCACACAGUAUGUCUAACAGCGUCCCAGGGACACCCCAGACUCCGACUGAUACAAGCACGCCUUCGCCGUCCCCCAGCAAGAAGGCCAGCAGAGGCCUGGUUCAGCCCCCAGCUGUUGGGGGCCGGUAACCAUGAACAGUGGGGAUAGUUGGUGGGAUGGCUGCAGUGAGUGGGCGGGGAGGGAGGGUGAGUCGCAAGACUCUCCUGUUUAAGGAUUUAGAGUUUUAAUAGAAGUGAAAUCAUGGAGAAGCCUUUUUCCUCUGAAUGACGUGUACAUAAUGUUUACCAGGAGAGCACAGAAUCCUUGUUUGUUUCUUUUUGAAUGUGCUAUUUUUUUAUAGAUGAAUUUGUAAAUAUGUACAAAACAAAGUGAGAAAUCAAACAGAAACUGCUAUCUUUUACUAACCUGACAGACUGGUGAGAAUCCAGCCAAGUGAUGAAUCGUAAUUUUAUGGAGAGAUUGUAUGCGUGUGAAUUUUUACUAGUUUCCAGUGCUGAGAGGUAAACAUUCUGAAGUCCUUGUGUUUUAAUUUGCAGAGGCGGAAGCUAUUUCCCCUUGAGAACAGAAGCAGCAUUCAGCUUCCUGUGCCUUCCUCUAUGCCUCCUCCUUCCUCAUACCACUGUUAUAUUUGCAUCAGUCAGCUGCCAGUGACUGCAAGUGGCACCUGCUUAAGCGCUGCAGUGACCCCUGGACUGGCCGGGACAAGCCUCCAAGUACAAGUCCCAGUCUGCUGACUGUUGGCAGCCAGCACACAUCGAAGCUUGAGAAAUGUAACAUCCAGUCUGUGUUCCCAUUCCCAUUGUUGCUCAAUUAAAGACUCUGGCAUUCAGUUAAUAUGAGGAAGAAACAGUCACAUUCAGUUGGAAAUUCCCAGCAGAACUGUCAGCCAACAGGAGGAAGAGAGCAGUUGCUCACUCCUUUCCGUGUCAGAAACUGACAGGCCCACUGUCUGCAUUUUCAGCAUCAAUCUGAACAGAAACAGACAUGUUGUGACCUGAUUGAAACCCUCCAGCAGUGUAGAAAGCUGUGACCAGUUCAGGAUUAUCCUCACGUAACAGAGGGUUACUGCUGAGUUACUGCAGGUACCAGCCCUGUCCAACCAGCAUCGAUGUACAGAAAUCACAGGUUAAAGGAAGAGACAUUGUCAAUACCCACCGGGUACACUUAGUGUCCUAGCACAAAUAAUGGCAUCACCAUGUGAUAGCUGCUUGAAAUCCAAAUAUAGUGAUCUAGACACCUGCACAGGGCGUUAACUUAUCCUUAAAAUUUGAGAUUAAAAGAAAUUUUGCAUGGCCAAAGCAGUGCAAUUCUUUGAUAAUCCAACAUGUAAUACAAUGGAUAUGGUUUGAACUCUGCACUUCAUCCCAAAAUUUCAGUUCUCUCCUAUGUUGCCAUUAAUAGCAGAUGCUGAAAAGAGCCCAGAGGUUGGCCAGCAAUACAUUUCCACUCUACUGUAUCGUUCUGGUUGUGAACAAGCAGUUUUGUCUUGUCAGAAUUGUUGUCUUGUCUCUCCCCUCCUUUUGUUGCCCAGUUUCUCACCUCACCAUCUUGCCCUGUCCCUCUUCACCUCUCUCGCGCUCUCUGCAACCAUUUCACAUUGCACUCUCUUGCCUCCCCCCACCCCCAACCAA